AUGCCUGACGGCCACGACGAUACCGGGCCAGAGGUCUCGGAUGCCAUGUCAGAUAAUGACCACGACUACGACGACGACACCCCCGUAAGAGACGACGACGACGAAAAGAUGGCCGAAUCUCACGACAGCGGCGCCGACACCAACGGCGAGGUCAAGAAGAAGUACGAUCCCAAGGAUCCUUCACGACCAAGGAGGAAGAAGGCUCGCCGGGCGUGCUUCGCCUGCCAACGAGCCCAUCUGACUUGCGGAGAUGAACGACCUUGUCAGCGAUGCAUUAAGCGUGGACUCGCAGAGGCUUGCCAAGAUGGCGUCCGCAAGAAGGCAAAGUAUCUGCAUGAUGCUCCGCCCGAAGCUCUCCGGCCCGUGCUGGGUCCGAACUACAAUCCCAACGCGGCGCCGCCGGCCCGCCCUAAUGGCCAACGGCAUCACAGCGGGGCCUCGGACACGGCCUCGACAGCAGGGAGCACAUAUUUCGGUCAGAGCUCAACCGCGUCAUUCCCCGUUUAUUCGGGCCAGCAAACGCCCGUCGGCAUUCCCGAUGGCCUACCGUAUCAGCCGCAACCAUCGCCGAUAUCACCGUCUUUCCCGCAGCCGAGCAACACUGCUCGAUCCAUUGGCGGCAUGAUCUCGCCGCAGGUCGCCAACGACCCCUUUAAUACGUUAUUCGAUCCGAGCAACCCAGCAAUCUUCAACUUUGAUCUGGAAGGGCUCAACUUUGGCAGCCAGUAUGGCGCCAUGGAAUUCGGCAUGCUAGGGCAUAUGUCAUCCGGCGCAGCGGAGACCCCUCCGCGCGACGGCUCCCUGUCUGGACCAAGUGGUGAAGUCAACUUUGGAUCCACAAACGUCUUUGGCAACAAUGGAAACAACCAGUUUGGCCAAGUAUACGAUAGCGGUAUGAUCAACGAUUUCAUGGGUGUAGACCAGUCUUCCAACGGCAUGUACCAACAAGGCAAUCUGCAACAUGGCCUUCCACAUGCCUACGCCAUUGCUGCUGGCCCAACAAGCCUACAUAGUCCAAGCACAGACAACACCGCCAGCCCGCAACCUACUAACUUUACCUUUGAAGGAUCUCCAAGUGGGAACUUUGGCGCUGUUGGAAACUCCCAGACCAUAACCGCCCCGACGCGGCCCAAAGUAAAGACCGGCGCCCCUCAAAAGAGCGGUCCUCAUACACUCCUCGGCAAGAGGCAGCGCGACCCUUCGUCCAUAUAUGAGACCGUAAAGGAGCCAUAUCCAUAUCUCGCCGGCUUCCACGCUCUCAUCGACUACCUACCGAAGCGCUUCUCAGCCAACAUGACGCUGCGCAUCGCAAAGGCUCUCGCCAGCAUUCGCCCGUCAUUCAUCGCCUGCACCAAGACUCUCAGCCGUCAGGAUCUCAUCUUCAUGGAGAAGUGUUUUCAACGCACUCUGUUCGAAUACGAAGAGUUCAUGCACCACACCUCGGCGCCUACUAUUGUCCUCCGCCGUACUGGCGAGAUUGCCGCCGUCAACAAGGAGUUCAUCGCUCUAACAGGCUGGACCAAGGAUGUCCUCCUCGGGAACGACCCCAACUUGAACGUCAAUACCGGCGGUACCGGGUCGACAACCAACAGUGGCCGCAACACUGGCCGUGCCGGCUUCUCAACGCCAAAGGCGCCCGCCGCAACGCUUGCCGAUCAGAUCAAGAACGAAAGCGGACCGCGGAAACAGCCCGUCUUCAUUGCCGAGAUCCUCGACGAUGAUAGUGUGGUUGAGUUCUACGACGACUUUUCGCAUCUUGCCUUUGGCGACAGCAGAGGCAGCGUCAACCGCACGUGUCGGAUCCUCAAGUACCGUACCAAAGAGCAGACGGAAAGCGCGGCAUCGUCGGAUAUGAUGCCGCAGCAGGAUCCGCGCAAGAGCAUACUCAGCAACCGCGUUACGCGAAUCGACGGCGAGCAUGGUAUCUCAAAGAUUGAGAAGGACGGCAAGGUGGACUGCCGGUAUUGCUGGAUGAUUAAACGAGACGUAUUCGAUAUCCCCAUGUUGAUUGUGAUGAACUUUCUUCCAUGCUAUUCCCAGAGCAAGGAAACUCAUGGACUGGCUGUGUGAGGUGAAGUAUCAAAAAAGGGGCGAUCAGGGCAUACAUGAGGCGGGGAGAGGCAUCGGAGGCGUUUUCACUUUUGAUUCAAGGUUCACAUUGUGUGUGUGUUCUCGUCAUUUGUUUGACAUGGCUCUUCCCGUUGAUAGGGUAGGCCGGGAAAGGCGCAUCAUUUUUUUUUUUUGGAAGGGAUCGAUCUAUGGUAACAUAUUUCAUUGUUUCCUAACAAUAACUUGACUUCAGCCAACCAACCCCUCGGGGAGAGGGAGGGGAAAUACCCAAAGAAUCCUAUACUUUAUGGAACAGACAUAACCUUUUUUUUGGAAUGGAUUUCAUUCUUCUAUAUUUCUAACGCUUCG